CGAUGUAUGAAUGGCGAUGUAUGCCGAAUACACCAAGUGGACGCCACAAGGCAGUGUUAACGUACAGUAAUGAUAACUUUUUUCCGUUAGUCGCGACCAUAUAGAGAAAACCAGACAUGGGGACGGGGACGGGAGAAGCAGGGAACGGGUGGCUGCGCUGGCAUGACCGUGAACACCGCUCCUGCCAUUCCCGAAGAACCCUACAAACACGAUCCGUCUUUGAUAUCCCAAAGUCCGUAAGUUCCUGUGCCCCAUCGAACACAAUGAUGAGGAUGAGCGAACUCCUUUCCCAGGAAACUGGCCGGGGUGCUGGAACACAUUGCCUGCCAGUCGUCUUCGGGCUUUAGAUUCUCCAGAAACAUCUCGUAUCGCUAAGGUAUAGAGCUUGGCAUCAACGACAGCUGGGUAUCGUGAAAACGUACCCGAAGUCCUGAUGAAUUUGCCGUGCAUCCUUUGUCUUUGAACCAGUUGAAGUAUGUCCCACAUAUCGCCUCUCCUGCCUCCUCCCAUAUUCCUUCUACAUUCUCUCCUCCCCUGUCCUGGCACCGAGUAGGCCGUUUCAUCUCUCCAUUGACACUCAUCUCAGUGUCUCUGCAUACCUCAAUGCUAUGAGCGAAGUCGCGCGGGACGUUCGCCAGCUUCGCCGUGUACUCCCGUGUCCCAUGGCGCACACAACGCGAAGGCGCAAAGUCCUUCCAGAAAAACUCGAUCCUCUGCCGCUCCUCCUCCUCCCGUCUCCACCGCUCCAGCUUGGCAGCAUGCGCCGCAUCUUCCCAUUGCCAUCGUCUCUUCACCUCCUCGCGCUCCGCCGCCUCCGCAUCAUGUUCCAGCCUCUCCCUGUCCCACUCGGCGCGACUUCGCUCAACCAUAUCCUGGUGUUGCCGCUUCUCGAUCGCCCACUGCUCUCGGAUGCGCUCCAUCUCGCGUCCAAGCAGACAGUUUUCGCUUCUUGAGGCCUUCGCGGUGAUAACAGGCCCCGCAACGACGCUUGCCACGAGGACGAGGACGAGCAGCCACAGCCAACACCGGAUCGUGGACUGCGCGUUCCCACGGAGGUGCCGUUCGUGCUGGGCAGACCGGUGUGGCAGGAGUGGCUCGGACUCCCGGAUGCGUAUGUUGUUAUGAAUUGAGACGUGUGGUCGAACGUCGACUGAACGAUGACCCUGCGGUGGGCCCUGAGGACGCUGGGAGUGCUGAUGUCGCUGGUAGCGUGGGUUUGUGUUCGGUCUGGGGGAGCGGCUUGUGCCUGUGGGUGGCAUCGCCGAGUAGGGCGGUGGGGGUGCGCCUCGAUUCCCUUGAUUAUGUUGCAUGUUGUAAUAGGAGGGACUUGAGAGAUCACGACCGUCUGCUUUCAAGAUGACCUCCUAUGUGGUUGCCCUACUGUACGGUGGUGGUCAAUGAAACACUUCAGGUUAGCCUCGACGUGCUGUGUACGCACAACG